GGAAGUUAUACUCCUCAUGGAACGGGAGUGAAGCCAAAAGUGUCGACGACGAAGUGAAUUAGUGCACUGACCAGCAAAUGAGUUUCACAUCAUACACCAUGCUUGUCGACAGAAUUGGCUUCAUAUGAAUACGUGUAUCCCAUACCCAGUUUAACCCCUAUCUCUAGUCUUCGUGCAUGAACGAUAUGACGUCUAUAUGUCUAUUUCUUGACAACUGCCUUACAUAACCUAAAAAUUGGAGUAUGCAACACAAAGAAAUCAAUAUUUCUUUAGAAUAAUUUAUUAAUUUGUACAAAGUAUUCUUCAUAUCCAUAUUGCUGUAGAGUGAGGAGGUUGCUUUGUAUAUGUAGUAGAUAGUCCUUAGUGGCUCAUUAAUGUAACACCUGAAACUUAUCCUAACAAUAAUGUUUGAUGGUCAUAAAUAGUCUACGCUUUUGAGAACAUGAAGAAUCAGUGGUACAAGUUGUUAGUACCGAAUGGUGAAUUACAAUUAAAAGGGACACUAAAUGGAGGUCAGAGCUUCAGAUGGAAGAAGUAUCUGUGCGAAGAUAAAGACAGUUGGAUAGGUGUUUUUGCAAACAGGCUUUGGAUUCUGAGACAAGAACGUGAUUGCAUAUGUUACAAAGUAUAUGAGAAAAAUUGCACAGAAAAUGAUGAGAAUUUAUAUAAUAAUCUUUUAAGUAAUUAUUUCCAACUGGAAACCAGAUCACAAGAACAUUAUAAUACUUGGUCACAAGUUGACCCAAAUUUUCAGGAAGCUGCAAAGCAAUUUUAUGGCAUAAGGAUCUUAAAGCAAGAUAUUAUCGAGAACAUUUUUUCAUUUAUCUGUUCUUCCAACAAUAAUAUCAGUAGAAUAAGCAGCAUGGUAGAAAAAUUAGCAAAGUUUUACGGGGAAGAAAUCUGCCAACUUGAUGGAGAUACAUAUUAUUCUUUCCCCAAAGUAAAACUGCUAGCAGGAGAAUCAGUGGAGCAGCAACUGAAGAAUAACGGUUUUGGAUAUAGAGCAAAAUACAUAAGUAAAUCAGCUCAGAUAAUUGUACAAAAUGGUGGCGAGCAGUGGCUGGAUGAAUUGAAAAAAAUGUCAUACAAUGACGCGAAGAAAUCACUAAUGACCUUGACCGGCAUCGGAGCAAAAGUGGCGGACUGCAUUUGUCUAAUGUCUCUGGGGCACUUGCAGGCUAUCCCCGUCGAUACGCACAUAUACCAAAUAGCCAAGAAGUUUUACAUGCCAAAUUUGGCUGCCAAUAAGACUGUAACCGAGAAAGUCUACAAUGAAAUUGGUGAUCACUUCCGGAAGUUGUACGGACCACUGGCAGGAUGGGCACAUACUGUGCUGUUUUGUGCGGAUCUUAAGAAGUUUCAGGAUGACAAAAAGAAAAAUGCAAAAGAAAGUGUCUUGGGGGAGCCGAAGAAAAAGAGGAAAAAGCAAUAGGCCGUGCAUCCAAAUAAAUGUUUUGUUUUGCUGAUUUCGAACUUUCUUGUUAUCAAUUAUGGUCCACUUGUAUCAUUAGAAUUGUAGUCGAGAUUUGCAAACAUUUUUUAAAUAUUGAGUUUUAUGCACUGUCGUUACCUACUUUUUCUCUUACCUGGACAUCAAAAUUCAAUAAUCUUGUACAGCAAUCAUAUCUGUUAAUAAUUAUUAACCAUAGGUAUUUAUUCAAGUGACUUCAAGCGGAUCGGCAGAGGUAUUAUGUAAAAAACCUAAAACACGUGAAAAAAUUUGUUCAUAACAAGUGUCAAGUUAACAUCAUGUAGAAAAACCUACGUUAUGUCACAAAAGACCUACGAAAUGUCAAAAACAAACCGACGAAAUGUCACUUUUCAAGAUACGUAAUACUCCUGCCGAACAGCAUUUAGAUAAAUAUUGAUGUUCUAGCACUUUGAGUCAUCUCACCUUAGCACUUAAUCUUAAAACUCUCUACGUCUUUUUCAAAGCGUUUUAUAGUCCGGGAGUUCAUUACAUGCAAGCUCUUGCAGUUGCAAGAUGACUUUGUCUUGUCUGCAACACAAUUGCAGCCAAUCACUUGCAGUUGCAAGACGGCCCUGUUUCCUCAAUUCAAACGAGCAAAGUUACCUAACCAAACGAAUGGAAUAUUCGAUGUCACAUUCCUAACCUAUAAUUUUGGUUUUAUUUUUUUACCCUUCAGAACAUAUGGUUCUAAUAUCCAAAAGCUAGCUUCAAUCACCGACCAUACAUCAAAACUCGAUCAAACGUAAACCCUAUUCCACGAGUAUCCAUUACGUUUUGACGCCUACUGAGGUGAACAGCUGAUCAGCAAGUGACAUCUUUGUAUUAAUCUGAAACGUUGGCAAUAAUGAAUUGGAUGUAAUCUGGUAAAACUUUAACCGUAUUCAGAGCUCUUGUUCAAUAUCUAGAUAUUAUUAGUGCCUGGAAAUUUUGACCGUAACGUUUAGGAAGUACACAUUUUUAUUAGAAAAUUAUUAUAGUUCAUUUGGGAUUUAUUGAUUACGAGGUAAGUCAAUAGAACGGACUGUGUUGUCCUUCCCAUAAGCUGAACUUUACAUAUAAAAAUAUUGACACGUAUUUCUUUUUAAUCAUCCGUCAUCAGUGUAACGUAAUUCAAAUAUGGCUAUUUCAUUGUCCUUUAAAAUCAUAUGAUGUUUCAAGAUAUAGAAAGAACAAAGUCAAAAAUUGUUUUUUAUUCCUACCCGACUUGAAAUAUAGUAUGUAGAC